AGCGCGCUACCGCGGAUUUCGCGGCCGGGACCCAGUGCUGGGUGCGCGCGCCUAGCGCCCGCGCAUCUUCACUGCCUGCAGCCCCGGCCCCCAAACGAUCCCGCGCAGCGUGAGGCGUCCGUUCCCGCCCCUCCGUUCCCCUCUCCGCCCUCCCGGGGCGGGCCAGGAGCUGCGCACGCGCGGGGACGCGCGCCGGGCCUGUUGCUGUGGAAACGGCUCCGCCAGCGCCUGUCGGGACCUGGGGAUCCCCGCACGCAGCGGUGGGAGCCGGUGGACCGCGCCCCCGGCCGGCCCCCACCUCCGUUUCCCGGUAUUUCCUGAUUCGGGCCUCCAGUCGGGGAGUUCACCCCUCGGGCUCGUCAGUAGGGCUGUGGCUGUCGCCUCUUCCUGCAGCGCCAGGCUCCGCCCGCCCUCAAAGUCGGCUUAGGUGCUUUCCGUGCACUGCGGUUGGGUGGAAAAAUACCCACUCCUGGCUGUUUAGACGUUGGCCUGCAGAAGAUGUCAUUUCUGUAUUUCUCUAAGGCAGGAAGUCAUUAUGCAACUUACACAUUGUCAUCAGAUUUCCUCUGAUUUACCCUGACGUGUAUGUGGUAAUGAUGUGCACUGCCAAGAAAUGUGGGAUUAGAUUUCAGCCUCCAGCUAUUAUCUUAAUCUAUGAGAAUGAAAUCAAGGGGAAAAUUCGCCAGCGAAUUAUGCCAGUUCGAAACUUUUCAAAGUUUUCAGAUUGCACCAGGGCUGCUGAACAAUUAAAGAAUAAUCCACGACACAAGAGUUACCUGGAACAAGUAUCCCUGAGGCAGCUAGAGAAGCUAUUCAGUUUUUUACGAGGUUACUUGUCGGGGCAGAGCUUGGCAGAAACAAUGGAACAGAUUCGUCGGGAAACAACCAUUGAUCCUGAGGAGGAUCUGAACAAACUAGAUGACAAGGAGCUUGCCAAAAGGAAGAGCAUCAUGGAUGAACUGUUUGAAAAAAAUCAGAAGAAGAAGGAUGAUCCAAAUUUUGUUUAUGACAUUGAGGUUGAAUUCCCACAGGACGAACAACUGCAGUCCUGUGGCUGGGACACAGAGUCAGCUGAUGAGUUCUGAUACCAAACACUCAAAAAAUGUAUUAGGCUAGCAGAAUACCUAUAUUUAUACCAGAUUGGUUCUGGAAAAAGCUUUAAAGAAUACUAAAUUUAUAUGUUGGGUUAUAGGGGAUUGACCAUGUUACUUUUCAAAACCAAGACAUUUAAAGCAUCUGCUAUGUAGGUGCAUGAGGAAUAUGGGAAAAACAGAAUAAAGGAAUCUGUCUUUAAGGAGCUUGCAAUCAUGCUGGGCACAGUGGCUCACGCCUUAAUCCCAGCACUUUGGGAGGCUGAGGCAGGCAGAUCACCUGAGGUCAGGAGUUUGAGACCAGCCUGGCCAGCGUGGUGAAACCCUGUCUCUACUAAAGAUACAAAAAUUAGCCUGGCAUGGUGGUGGGCACCUGUAAUCCCACCUACAGAAGAGACUGAAGCAGGAGAAUCACUUGAACCCUGGAGGCGGAGGUUGCAGUGAGCCAAGAUCACACCAUUGCACUCUAGCCUGGGCAACAAGAGCAAAAUUCCAUCUCAAAAAAAAAAAAGCUUACAGUCAGUCUAACUGGAAGAUGUAAAAAAUGUGAAAAGCUAACUGGCAGUAUUAAACAACAAAAAGAUUAGAGCCAAAUGCACGAUAAAGGCUAAAGAAGUUCAGAGCCUAUAUUACUGUAGAGUAGAACAGUAAGAGAAGACUUUGUCCUUUAGUAAAGAGAUAGGAGUUGGCCUGGCCCUUGAAAUAGUAGUAUUUAGGUAGCCGCUUGUGUAGGAUUCCAGAUAAGAGCAACUGAAAAGAAGGAAAGGAGAGGUAGUAAAGGUAUAAGAAGCAGAAUUUUUUUUUGAGGAAUAAGCAAAUUAUAGUUUGACAAGAUUGGGGGCCCUAUACGGUUACCAGGGAAUUAUCUUGUAUGUGUUAUGUCUUUGUAUGUAUUUAACUCUGGAAAAGAGUACCCCUGCAAAAUGCCCUGCAGCUGCAAGUAGAUAUCACUUGAUGGACAAAAGGGGAAUUCUGCCCCUCUGGCAUCAGGAAAUAUAUACUAAAGACAUUGUGAAAUGCUGAACCUCUUCCCAUAAAUAAAGGUUUGUUUGUAAAAUGGGAAAUCCACCCAUAAUAAAUGAACAAUAGGCACUGCCAGUUUAGGCCUAUUCGUGACUGGAUCUGCAAGAGAGCAUCUUCAUUUAACAACAUUAUCUGUAAUUUGAUACAUUUAUUCUGAUUAGAAUAUUGUUUAAUUGGUAGAAAUUCUAUGUUUUCUACAAGGAAACUGAUGCUUAUUAAAUUAUAGUGAAAAUAAU